AUGACUUCAGAGCAGACCCGCAUCACUCGCUGGCUGCAGCUACAAGACUCGGUUGCACCACAAGGCCCGCUGCUUAGUCCGGGGAACGAGUUCCCGCUGAGGACCCUGCCCUCCCUUCCUUCCAACAGCUCCCUCUCCGACAUCGAUUCGGAUGAAGGCCCCAGGCUUCCCCAACGCACCCAAAUCGCCACGCUUAUCCACCCACCCGUCCCUACCAUGACGGAUGACCACGCCGCUGCUCGACGACGCUCCUCCUCCCUCGCCGGCGCCAGCCUACCCACCAGAACAGACUCCAAGAAGCACCGCCGCCGUCCUUCGGACCACAUUGCCGAAGAAGGCCCAGAGUCGUCGGGCGCAGACCGCUCAGACUCAGACUCCCAGAGUGACAGCGACGAACACGACAGCGACGACAUGAGUGCAGACGGACUCGAGGACGACGAGGAGACGGGCCUCACCAAGAGAGACAGGCGCAGGCGCCGGAGAAGAAAGAGGAGGAAUACCCUGCUCGACCAGCGCAUCGCUCCUGACGACACGUACACUAAGGAGGAGAAGAAGAUUGCCGACCAGAACCUCCUCAAAUCCAUGCUCAUCAAUGGCGUCCUCAUUGGUCUAUGGUACUUCUUCUCCAUAUCCAUUUCCGUCUACAACAAGUGGAUGUUCAAGGAGGCCAAGGACGACGGCGAGACCAAGAAUAUUUUCCCAUUUCCUUUGUUCACCACAUGCCUGCACAUGAUUGUGCAGUUUACCCUCGCAUCGCUCGUUUUGUUUCUCAUACCCUCCUUUCGACCAAGACAUGACUCCCUUAACCCGCAUGGCGCCAGAGGGCGUGCCGAGCCGCUGGACCCAAAGAAGCCGCUCAUGACCAAGUGGUUCUACUUUAGCAGGCUUGGACCCUGUGGUGCAGCCACGGGUAUGGACAUUGGCUUGGGUAACACGAGCUUGAAGUUCAUCUCAUUAACCUUUUUCACAAUGUGCAAGUCAUCUGCACUAGGCUUUGUCCUUGUCUUCGCAUUCCUCUUCCGCCUCGAACAACCGUCAUGGAGACUCGUCUUCAUCAUUCUCAUCAUGACUGCCGGUGUCGUGAUGAUGGUAGCUGGUGAAGCUGCCUUUCACACGCUCGGCUUCAUUCUCGUCAUGGUAUCAGCGUGCUCGUCGGGCUUCCGCUGGUCCCUGACCCAGAUUCUGCUCUUACGCAACCCCGCCACGGCGAACCCAUUUUCCUCCAUCUUCUUCCUUGCACCUGUCAUGUUCCUCAGCAUAUUCAUUCUCGCGAUACCCGUGGAAGGCUUCCCCGCGCUUUUGGAGGGCCUUUCACACCUAUUCGAAACAAAGGGUACUGGCCUCGGCAUUGGCAUUCUUUUAUUCCCGGGAGUCCUGGCCUUUCUCAUGACCUCAUCCGAGUUUGCUCUGCUGAAGCGGACUUCGGUCGUCACCCUUAGCAUUUGUGGCAUUUUCAAGGAGGUGGUUACCAUUGGAACCGCAAAUCUCGUUUUCAAGGAUCCGCUUACGCCCAUCAACCUGACUGGGCUUGUCGUUACUAUUGGCAGCAUCGCCGCAUACAACUACAUGAAGUUUAAGAAGAUGAGGGAGGAGGCGCUUAUGAAUGCCCAUUUGCAGAACCAGAGCGAGUAUGCGGCUGUGAACACAGUAGACCCUCUAGAGCGCGACAGGAGAGGCAGCGUGGUGGUACGACCAGGGCAAAGCAUAGUGCGCACCAGCCUUCAGCUUGCCCCUGGUAUGAAUGGAGCCGCAUUAGUGGACAGCCCAGCAAGGACAAGUCCAUUGAAGCGGCCAGAGGACCACGAGUAG